AUGGAUGAAGUCAUGAGUGGAUCAUCGACUGGAUUGAGAGUGCCGAGUGUGGUGAAUGUAUUAUACGAGCAUCUGGGCGAGGAGGGGGGCGCGAGCGAAGACGAGGCACUAUCGCCCGAGUUCAGAGCCACUGUGGAGCGAUCGAUGAGAACGUUAAAAGGAAGGGACAGUCUAGCGGUAGAGCUGGAGCUGAAGAGCAAGACGACGGGGAGGCGGGCAAGUUGGAUGGAGAGCAAGAGGCCGGAGCGGCUGCUUCCGCGGAUAUAUGUUGAGGUGGAACGACUCAAGACUGCUCGAGAUGAGUUGCUCGUCCAAGUCGAGGUCUCGAUCCUUGGCUUCAGCAAGCUCCAUCGGACCAACUCGUCACUCUUCCAUCCCUCCGCCUCCUCCAUUGAUCACCCCGAUCGCCACUUCGAGACUCUUGCUCUCGGUGGCACUACCGAUCACUUGCAUUAUGGAGACACAAGAUUCUUUUGCCUAUCGCGGCUUGGUUGGCUACUCGUAGAUUGA